AUGCCUGCCAACGCUACAGUCCUCUACGGCGGGGACGCAAAGUUUGAUCUCAAGUAUUACCUCGAGUCGCACAUGGCUCUGGUUGGCAAGGAAUGGACAUCUUUCGGACUUCAGGACUGGAAGGUUAUUCAAUUCGAAGCCGGUCCUGAUGGCAGCAAGCCUUACAGCAUUGCGGCCAUCCUCACCUGGGAUUCGCUCGACAGCAUCCCGAAGGCACUUGCGUCCGACGCCGGGAAAGGCAUUCUCGCUGACGUGGAGAACUUCAGUGACAAGAGCCCUGUCUUCUUGGCUGGUAACAUUGUGGGGGCAUCGUGA